UCUCCCUGAAUUUAAAAACUUCUCCACUCUCUCACCCUUCACCAGUCUAAUCUAGAGAGAGAAACUAGAGAAAGAUAGAGGGCAAGAGAGAGAGAGAUGACAGGGCUUGUUAUGGUAACGAAGGGAGGUGGUUGUGGUGGUGGGGGAAAGGAAACAAGUGGGAUUACAAAGAGGAGCAGGGAAGAAGAGCAGAACCAGCUCUCUGUAGUUGCGCUGCUAUUGACUGCUCUGAGGAAAUCAAUGGUGUCUUGCAGGGUUGAUAAAAGUGAAGAUGUGAUGUCCAAUGUCCAUAACAUGGAUAUUGGGUGGCCCACCAAUGUUCGUCAUGUCACUCAUGUGACAUUCGAUAGAUUCAAUGGCUUUCUGGGUCUUCCUGUUGAGUUCGAAGUUGAGAUCCCUUGUCGAGUCCCAAGUGCUAGUGUUAGCGUGUUUGGUGUCUCAGCGGAAUCAAUGCAGUGCGCUUAUGAUUCGAAAGGGAAUAGUGUGCCUACUAUUCUCUUGUUGAUGCAGGAAAGGUUGUAUGCGCAAGCAGGCCUAAAGGCAGAGGGAAUUUUCCGCAUAAAUCCUGAAAAUAGCCAAGAGGAGCAUGUAAGAGACCAGCUAAACAGGGGAAUUGUGCCGGACAAUAUUGAUGUGCAUUGUUUAGCUGGACUUAUAAAAGCCUGGUUUCGGGAGCUUCCCUCGGGAGUGCUAGAUGGGCUUUCGCCUGAGCAAGUUCUGCAAUGCAACACCGAAGAGGAAUCUAUGGAGCUUGUGAAGCAGCUAAAGCCUACCGAAGCUGCACUGCUCAAUUGGGCUGUUGAUCUAAUGGCUGAUGUUGUGGAUGAAGAGGAAUCCAAUAAAAUGAAUGCAAGGAACAUUGCCAUGGUUUUCGCUCCCAACAUGACUCAGAUGUCUGAUCCAUUGACAGCACUAAUGCAUGCCGUUCAAGUGAUGAACUUGCUCAAAACUCUAAUCAUGAAAGUAUUGAGAGAACGUGAGGAGACUGAAACAGGAGGAUAUUCUCCCAUGUCGUAUCGUUCAUCUGACCAACAAACUGAUGAGGAUUUCGAUAGCCAGCACGAGAUGGAGACCAGCGGUGAACUAAGAGGAUCAGCUCCAGGCUAUGAUGAUCAGGCCCAUUACAGCCAGAGCAGUGACGGUGAAGACGAAUGUGAGAGUGAAGUUGAUGACAAACAUGAGUCUCUAAGUGAUAUAGAACAGUGCUUCUUGAGGCACCUGGAUGAAAACAAAGGCGUUAUAAAUAGUUUCUUGGAUCAAUCAGCGAUCGAUCCUCCUACAGGGUACCCUUGUGCAAGAAGUUGCUCAGGAAUCAAAGUAGAGUCUGGUGUUUCAUUCACUGAUAGCAGACAUGGGAAUUCAAGUUCAAUCUCAAGCGACGAGGAAGAUUCAGGAACAACACUGCUUUCAGUCGGACAAGAUGUCGAUAAAAAGAUUGCAACAGAAGGAUCUCAAACUUCUAACGAUAUCGAAAUGGUUGAUAAACCAAUGGAUUCCAUUUUGCCUCACCCUCAUUAGUUCUAGCGAAGCGGCCUAAAGUUUCUUUCAACCAGCGCUUAGGAAUACUUGCUUACAAUCAGGUUUUGGUUUCUCUCAACACAAUCUGAGUAGCUUCUGUAAAUUUAGAAUGGCAUUGAGUUUGUAUUGGGAGUGUGUUGUUGCAUUUUGUGGAUUGUUUGAGAGUCAUGAUUCAGUUUGGGGCUGAACUUGUGAUUGUAUUGUAUGUUAUAUCUCUCAGCUUGAAGCCGAGCUUAUCGCUCGUGCUGCUGCCUGUAAUAGCCAAAAGAUUUCUCUAACUUUGUCAUUCUUAGACCAUGGAUUAUGAGAAGUAGUAUUAUUGAUUA